UCUUGUAAUCAGUCUGUAGUCAGUACAGCUGAUCUGUUCAUCUUUGCUGUCGACCCGUCGUGCAGAGCAGGAGGAUCGGAUCGGAGGAGGUCGUCUCGUCGCGGACGCCGAGGCCGUUGACCUCUGCCUCUGCCUCUGCAGCUGCAGCCUGCAGGACGCAACACGCAACGCCUCUCCUGUCUCCUCUGUGAGUACUGCGCGUUCAAUUCCAUCCCCAUCCGUGCCGUCUCUCUCCCCUGAGCUUGACAUGUCCGGAUCACGGCGGUUGCAACAACCUGCCGCGCCAACAAGCUGCUGCUGCUGCUGCUGCUCCGUCUCCUAACCGGCAGUUGCAGCUGCCAUGUCCAGCGGCCCGCCUCCGCCUUGAUUUCUUCAACUGUCAUCCUGUCCUGACUCCUGUCCAUGCGAUGGCGCGAUCGUUCGCUAACCGUCUCGUUCUUGGAUUGCCAUGGCAGAGCCGGACCAGCCGGAGGAGAUGCCGCCGCCGGCGGCCAUCCGCCUGGGGCCUCCGCACCCGUACCUGAAGACGCACGGGGGCAAGGUCGCGAGGCUGCACGGGUUCGACUGGGCCGUGCUGCUGCUCCUCGUCGCCGCCGACGUCGGGCUCAACCUCAUCGAGCCGUUCCACCGCUUCGUCGGCGAGGACAUGCUCACCGACCUCCGGUAUCCGUUGAAGAGCAACACCGUGCCCGUCUGGGCCGUGCCGAUAUACGCGGUGAUCGGCCCGAUCGUCGUCUUCGUCGGGGUGUACCUGAAGAGGAGGAACGUGUACGACAUGCACCACGCCAUUCUAGGGCUUCUGUUCUCCGUGCUCAUCACCGGCGUCCUCACCGACGCGAUCAAGGACGGCGUCGGCCGGCCGCGCCCCAACUUCUUCUGGCGAUGCUUCCCUGACGGAGUGCCGAAGUACGACAACUUCACUAGAGGAGUCCUAUGCGACGGCGUCGCCAGUGUGAUCAAAGAAGGGCACAAGAGCUUCCCAAGUGGCCAUUCUUCGUGGUCCUUUGCUGGGCUAGGCUUCCUGUCGUGGUACCUGGCGGGCAAGGUCAAGGUGUUCGACCGGCGCGGCCACGUGGCCAAGCUCUGCGUCGUCGUCCUGCCGCUGCUGCUGGCGGCGAUGGUGGCGGUGUCGCGGGUGGACGACUACUGGCACCACUGGCAGGACGUGUUUGCCGGUGGGAUUCUUGGGUUGGUGGUGGCGUCCUUCUGCUACCUGCAGUUUUUCCCACCGCCAUCUGGUGAACAAGGAUUUUGGCCCCAUGCGUACUUUGAGCACAUUCAUAACCCUGAAUGCGAGGGCCAAGCGCACUCAACAACAAACUCGAACCACCACCGAUCCUUGUCCACCAGAGAGCCUGUUGCAGUGGAGAUGAGCACCACGAGCCAAGAAGCAUUAGAUUCCAUGGAAGAAGGACGCAGAGAUCAGUGACAUAUACUACGUUUUUGCUCUCGCUUGAUUGAUAGAUGUUCUAGGUGCUAUUUGUGUCGUCCUGUAAAGGUAGGUAGGUGAAGUAGAAUGAAGAGAUUUUCGUCCACCACAAUGUUCAUAUAUGUUCGAGGUAGUACGAUGAUGAUGGUGGUGGUCACAGUCUCACAGUGCGUCUGCAUGAUUAGCACGACGGAAGCAUGCUGGCGCCACAUUAAGAUUCCUGUGUCGUCGAUGGAUGAGCACAUCUCACCUAGUAGUAAUUAUAUGAUUGCCAGAUGAGUAUAAAAGGUGGUGAUAUCCUCCAUAUUUUCCUCAUGGUUCAGUCAGUCACAUGCUGGGUGUUUCAUCAGUAAAGACAGCUGGUGGGCACGCUGCGGCAUGACACAGAUGGCAUUGGCAUAUAUACUGUACUCUAUCACUGUAUGAUUAUAUAGUACUACAUGUCUAGGUUCAGUGAAGAUCGUCCGUUCGCUUCUUUUUCA